AGAAGCGAACAGGCUUUGGGAUCUUAGUCAACAGGCGGUUAGCCAAGCUCUACAACCUGGUGAUGGACCUGCUGGUACUAGCGUUGUUCAACAUCCGGAACGAGAAAACCCCCGGCUGAACGGGACGACAGCCGCCCCCGCCGUCGAUGUCGACGCCGCUGCACUGGAAGAGAUUGUUGGUCGGGCCGUGGCAGAUGCACACGCCGCGUACCAUCGAGCGGCGGAGGUUGUUGCCAGCGGCGAGGGGCAAAACGGUUCAACAGCUGCUGAUCUUCCCAACGAUCCUGAGGACGUCGACCGCAUGGACACCGCCGGGGUAUCUUUCAUGCAAGAAGGUCAUCUGCCCCAGGGGGAGGACCAGCACCAGCCCGACCGCCGUCUGCCCCAGGGUCGUGGGGAGGACCAGGACCAGCCCGAGCGCGAGCGUCAGAUGCAAUGUGGCCAAUUCCGGCCUUGGCUUAGCCUGGGGGGCGAUGAUGAUGAACAAGGGGAUGUUGAAGAAGCACUGCAAGAGCCAGCAACUAGCAUGAACCCCGCCGCCCAGCCCCUCGUAGGGGAGGUUCUUCCGCAGGAUCGACAAGGUGUUCACCAGCCUAUCGCCCCG